AUGGAGCCUUUGGAGCAAUUGAAAGGACAUGAUUCCUUCAGAUAUUUGGGAGUCAUGGUUUCUGUCACUAUGACCACUGGUGAUCUUUUAAAAGGUGAACUAUAUUGUCUUGAUCAAAAGGGUCAAACUCUCGUUUUAAAAUCUGAACUUGGGGAUGAUAGUUUUUCUUUUCAUGUUUUGAGGUUAUCGUCAAUCAUUAAGUUUGAGGUGCUCGGUCGUCUCAAUGACUCCAUUUACGACAUUCCUCGACUCAGCUACGAGGACCUCGCUCACUUUAAGCCCGUGAUCAACCGUAAUGACGAUAAUCACACCAAACGAACUCAUUAA